CUCACCAACACAAGAAAAGGUACCUCUUAAACCAUGCCAUGUGUAUAAACACUCAUUUAAAAAUGGAAGGAGAAAGUGUGUGAACGUACACAUGUAUGUCUAAGCUACGGGAGAGAAAACAACCCAUUCAGAAGUUGAAAAAUGAAGAUGAUUUAAAUUCGACCAUUAUAUAGGCUUCCGUUCUUCUCGCUAGCUCCACUUCUCUCUCUUCCCUUCUGCUUCGAGGACUCUAUGGCCAUGGCGAUGCAGGGAACCAUUGUUGUUAUCCUUAUCGUGCUUCUUCUCCUUAUCCUCCUUUUAAUUUUCAUUGCUUCUAAACCAUGGCGAUUCUUCUCUCGUCGUUCUUCUCCAUCUCUCUCUAUUAAGGUUGAUCAUUUGGAGAAACCUUUGUUGCAAGAAUUUGAUGAGCAAAGCCCAAGACAUGAACCAGAGAAUGAUAGCAUUCUAGAAGGUUCUCAAUUGCAAACUGAAGUAAUUUCACCUGGAGCACAAAGAGACUAUAUAGACAGGCUUCCUCCUCCUGUACCUCCCUUGAUACAAGAUGGUAGUAUAAUUGUAGAUAUAGAUGAUCAGAGUGAAGACCUUUUGGUUGGUCAAACAUUGAGACGUCCCUUGUCGGCAAGAUUUAUUGAAGAGCAGAAAUGCGCUAUAAAGGAAGGCUCGAAUGAAGAAUUAAGGUUUAGGCCAUAUGAUAUUAAAUUUCAUGGAUUUUCCAGAGGUAACUUAGAUCAAGGAACUUGCCUAUCCCUUGAAGUUAUCUCAGGUCCAACACGUGGGCUUUAUAUUUCAUUGCGUUCUAGUGAUGAUUCUAAGCUUCCAUUAAUUCUUGGAAGGGUCCCUCCCAGUAACUUGUUGCUGAAGGAUUCAGAGGUUUCUGGAAAACAUGCUUUGAUAAAGUGGAAUUCUGAUAAAUUGAAAUGGGAGGUGGUGGACGUAGGUAGUCUAAACGGAACUCUGCUAAAUGCUAAGGCGAUUCAUCAUCCUGAUUCUGGUAGCAGAACUUGGGGGGAGCCUCAGGAGCUUGUUACCGGUGAUGUAAUAACUCUUGGUAGCACUUCCCAGAUAAGUGUACAAAUUACACCACUAAUGGAGGUUCCAUUAGGAGUAGGCAUUGCGUCAGAUCCCAUGUCUACACGUCGUGGAGGAAAAAGACUUCCCAUGGAAGAUUUCUGCUAUUACAAUUGGCCGAUUUCUGGGAUAGAACAGUUUGGAUUAUUUGGGAUUUGCGAUGGACAUGGUGGAGCAGUUGCAUCAGAGUCUGUGAGCAAAAUUCUUCCUGAGACAGUAGCAACUAUUUUGUUGGAUUCCUCAAGAAGGGAAAAGGUUUUAUCUCGGGAAGAUGCAUCUGAUGUCCUCAGGGAAGCAUUUAGUCAAACAGAAGAAUGUUUAAAUCUCUAUUAUGAGGGUUGUACUGCAACAUUGCUUCUGGUUUGGGGUGAUGGUUAUGAUAGUUUCUUCGCUCAAUGUGCCAAUGUUGGAGACUCAGCUUGUGUUAUGAAUGUUGAUGGGAAACAGAUUAAGAUGACAGAAGACCAUAGAUUAACUAGCUAUACUGAGAAGCAACGUAUAAGGGAAAUGGGAGAUCCAUUAAAGGAUGGAGAGACACGCUUGUGUGGUCUGAAUCUUGGGAGAAUGCUUGGUGACAAAUUUUUGAAGGAGCAGGAUGCUCGUUUUAGUUCAGAGCCCUAUAUAAGCCAAGUAGUCCGUCUUGGUCAAGCAAGUAAAGGCUUUGCAGUAUUGGCAAGUGAUGGUUUGUGGGAUGUUGUCAGUGCAACAAAGGCAAGCCAGCUUGUUCUUCAGGCAAAGGAGAGAUACUCUGAUAGUGAGGAUUCUGCACAGAAGAUAGCUAAUGUUUUGUUAAAUGAGGCUAGGAAACUGCGUACACAGGAUAACACCUCCAUAGUUUAUGUAGAUUGUGACACUGCUUUGAGAACCUUGUGUAAAUAUGAUUCUUGAUAUAUAAUAAUAAUGUACUUAGUUUAUAGUUUUCAACAAAUCUUCAGAAGAGGCUCUUUGUUAUCUAGAUGAUCAUCUUCUGUGAAAAACGCAGCACAAGUUGUUCACUCUAUAGGCCCUGGUAAAAACUGCAUUUCAUUGCUGAGAAUUUGGAGUUCUA